AUGUCGAUUUUAGGGCCUGAAGAGACGAGAGGCAUCCGCUAUCAUAUUUUUGAGAUAUCUGUCAUGCUAAGUUUCAUGAUUCAUCAGGAGGGUGUACUCUAUCUUUUGUCGUUUAAAGGUCCCGAAGAGACGAGAGUGUCGUUUAAAGGUCCCGAAGAGACGAGAGUGUCGUUUAAAGGUCCCGAAGAGACGAGAGUGUCGUUUGAAGGUCCCGAAGAGACGAGAGGUUCCCGUGUCCGCGUUCUGGAGCUAUGUCCCAUUUUCUGUUUUGGGAGCAAGUACCCUAGUACUUUACCCUCCCCCACAUGCUCUGAUCAGAGUAUCUACAAUCAGAAUGGAUCAGCACUGAUCUAG